AUGGAGUUUGGUGGUGUUGGGACACUCAUCUUGACUGUCUUCAUCGCCUUUCUCAUAUUCUUCUUAACAUGGAAUGAUAACAGCAAACGAAAGGACCUACCUCCGGGGCCCACUCCUCUUCCUCUGCUUGGGAACAUUUUACAGCUGAACGUCAAAGAGCUGCAUCAGUCCCUCUUAAAGCUUGCAAAGAUCCAUGGAGAUGUAUUCACUGUCCAUCUAGGGAACAGGAGAGUGAUUGUCCUGCAUGGAUACGAUGCUGUGAAGGAGGCUCUAAUAGAUAAUGCAGAUGUCUUCAGUGAUAGAGGAAAAGUGCCUGUAGCUGAUUUUGUUUUUUUAAGGGCUAUGGGAGUGAUUCUGAGCAAUGGGGAGCGUUGGAAACAGCUACGGCGCUUCUCUCUCACCACGCUGAGGAAUUUUGGAAUGGGGAAAAGAAGUGUUGAAGAGCGGAUUCUGGAAGAGUCUCAAUGUCUUAGAGACGAGCUUAGAAAAAAAGCAGGUUUACCGUUUGACCCCACAUUCCUCUUGACUCUGGCGGUAUCCAACGUGAUAUGCUCCAUCGUAUUUGGUGAACGUUUUGAUUAUGAAGACAAGAAGUUUCUUGGCCUUCUUACUAUGCUGAAAGAAGCCUUUAGAAUAAUAAAUUCAUUAGCUGGGCAGCUACUAAAUGCUUUCCCAAACCUUUUCCGCCAUAUGCCUGGACCUCAUCAAAAGGCAUUGAAAAAUCUCUUCACUUUGAAAAGCAUUUGUAAUGGAUAA